AUGCUAGAAAAUGAGGUAAACCCAACUCUCAGCAAGUCAACUGGCCUGCCAAGGAAACGCUUCUACAGAGCACGAGCACAUAGCAACCCACUGAGUGACUCACACUUCCCUGUUCCAAUUUCCCCUUCUCAUGUUGAAUAUUCAGUUCAUUACCCUCAAUUUUUCCCUUCAUCUGAUCAAGUGGAUAGUUCCAAAAAGAUUCAGUUUGCGGAUGUUGGUUGUGGUUUUGGAGGGCUACUUGUUAGUCUUUCAACCCUUUUUCCUGAAAUAAUGAUUGGGAUGGAACUUAGGGAUAAAGUGACAGAAUAUGUCAAGGAACGAAUUUCAGCAUUAAGGAUAGCUAAUCCAGGUCAAUAUCAAAAUGUCUCAGUGGUUCGAACCAAUUCUAUGAAAUACAUACCAAAUUACUUUGGGAAAGGACAGCUUACGAAGAUGUUUUUCCUGUUCCCGGAUCCCCACUUCAAGGAGAAGAAUCAUCGUCGAAGGGUUAUUAGUCCGCAUUUGCUAGAUGAGUAUGCCUAUGUUCUUGAGACUGGCGGGAUUGUUUAUACAAUUACCGAUGUGGAAGAAUUGGGUGAGUGGAUGAAGGCUUGUUUGGAGAAUCACCCUAUGUUUGAAGCCCUCACAGAGGAGGAGCUUGGAGUAGAUCCUGUUGUAGAGCUCCUGAGCACAGCAACUGAAGAAGGACAAAAGGUGGCUAGGAAUAGGGGACAGACUUUUCAAGCAGUCUAUAGACGUAUUGCACCAUCUCUAUGAUACAUAAGAAACUUAGACAUACUUAAACAGAUGGCUUAAACUAAUUAAGCCAAUCAGUUUUGCUAGGUUACUUUUUACCCUUAUUCUUAUCUGAGCAAAUUUUUUCAUUGUUAAUUUUGUAGGAUUAUGUGCUGAUUAUUUAUUUUCUAGCUAAGAUUUUUAUUAUCUUGUAUUGUACCAUGCUUCUGUUUUAUGAUAUUACUCCGUCUUCCCUAAUUCUCACUUCA